GAGUGACCUGUAUAAAUGUCUAACAUCUAAUGAACAUCUCAUCAAGGUCUCCAGCAGUCAGACAUGUCUCCAGUGCCCUGCCUCGUCCUACUGCUCGCCUUUAGCUAUGUGAGCACGUCCGCAUUACCUGAUGCAGAAAAUAUAUUACCAAUACCUGAGAAGCUUGGGACUUGUCCUGCGGAUGUAGACUACCCGAGGUGUGACAAUCCUGCGGUUCGCUACUUGCCAGAUUGUGAUCUAGACCAAGACUGUGAGGGGGAGAAGAAAUGCUGCUUCUCGGGAUGUAAAAAGCGCUGCCUGCUCCCUCUACAAGUUAAGAAAGAUUCCUGUCCAUACUUCAACCAUUCGAUCUGUGUGCAUGUCAGGCCUUCACCUUCAGAGUGCCACUCAGAUGAUCAGUGCCAAGGAACCGACCGCUGCUGCUGCUCAGGCUGCAACCGCCGGUGCGUCCCAACAGUGACAGUGAAGCCAGGACAAUGUCCAGCACCAAAGAAAAAGUGCUUCAAAAUUGAUUCUGCACAGUGUAAAACUGACAGCAACUGCACUGGGAAUAAGAAAUGCUGUGACCGGUGUGGCCUGAAAUGUGUGACUCCAGAACGGGAACAUGAUGGGGUAUGCCCCACCAGCAUCGAGAACUUGUCCUGCCUCACAUUUUAUAAAGCCCUGUGUAACCGAGACUCUGACUGCCCACAGAAGCAGAAAUGCUGCCUGUCCGAUAACAUCCUGCAGUGCCAGGCAGUUAAGAAUGAAAAAGCUGGAUCCUGUCCUAUUCCGAGCACUCGGUGCAAGACUCCUCUUCCCAAACCUCUGUGUACCUCUGACAGAGACUGUCCUGGAGACAAGAAGUGCUGCACCCCUUUAUGUACCCAAGAGUGCACAGACCCCCUUAAAAGUUGUCUGUGAAUCUUAAGAGGCAUCUGAAGGGUAAUCUGAAGCUCUUCCACUGAUCCACCAUGAGCCAUUCACUAUACUGGGGUCAUCUAUUGUAGCAGAAAGGUCCUUUGGACUCUUUAGUCACGAAGUAUUGCGCAAGACUUCUAUCUUAUAGCUACUCCCUCUACUAGUGCCAGAAUAUAUACACCCUAGACCUCUUGAAAUGAAAUAUCCCAAAUGUUUACAUGACUUCAAGUCUUUUGACCACUGGAAAACCUCAACUCC